AUGGAGGACUGGGAAAAGACGGAGAAGGACCUGCAGAAUGAAGGGUGGGUGCGGACGGCCAAGGACCUCUUCGCAGGGGCCGCGGGGGGCAUCACUCAGGUUCUGAUGGGUCAACCGUUUGAUAUUGUCAAGGUGCGACUGCAGACGACCAGCCAGUACUCAAGCGCCUUUGAUUGCGCCGCCAAAAUCCUGAAAAAUGAAGGCCCUCUGGCUUUCUACAAGGGCACCUUGACCCCAUUGGUUGGAAUUGGAGCUUGUGUCAGCGUUCAAUUCGGUGCCUUCCAUGAGGCACGGAGACGUUUCGAGGAAAUCAACGCGAAGAAGUCUCCUGCCAAUACUGGUCUGACCUACACGCAAUAUUACCUCGCUGGAGCCUUCGCCGGUAUCACCAACUCGGUGCUCUCGGGACCCAUCGAGCAUGUCCGUAUCCGCCUGCAGACGCAGCCACAUGGAGCUCAGCGGCUGUACAACGGGCCGCUCGACUGCGUCCGCAAGCUGUCCGCCCACGAGGGCGUCUUGCGCGGCCUCUUCCGGGGACAAGUGGUCACCAUCUACCGAGAAGCCCAAGCGUACGGCGUGUGGUUCUUGACCUUCGAGUACCUCAUGAACCAAGACGCCAAGCGCAACAACAUCAGGCGCGAGGACAUUUCCAGCAUCAGGGUUGCUACCUACGGCGGUCUCGCCGGCGAGGCGCUCUGGAUUGCCAGCUACCCGUUCGAUGUCGUCAAGAGCAAGAUGCAGAGCGACGGGUUCGGUCCGGAGCAGAAGUUCCGCAGCAUGACGGACUGCUUCCGGAAGACGUUCGCUGCGGAGGGAUUCGGUGGGUUCUGGAAGGGUCUCGGACCGACUCUGCUGAGGGCGAUGCCCGUGUCUGCUGGCACGUUCGCGACGGUGGAACUCGUCAUGAGAGCGAUUGGUUAA